AUGUCAAAUCCUAAAUUAAAAAACAACUCCAGUUCCCAGUUGUUGAACUCAGAGGUUAACCUCUCCACCUCUUCAUCUAGACCUUCCAGACUCGUCAUCAUCUUGACGCUUGCCUCUUCUAUAUCUGGUUUCAUGUUUGGUUACGAUACCGGUUAUAUCUCUUCGGCGUUAGUGCAAAUAGGUACUGAUUUGAGUGACAAAAUUCUUACCAACGGUGAAAAAGAGUUCAUCACUUCAGCAACAUCGUUGGGUGCUUUGAUUGGUGCUGUUAUAUCGGGUAUCUUGGUCAACUUGAUUGGUCGUAAGACGGUAUUGUUAGGUUCUAAUGUUGUAUUUGUAAUAGGUACUAUCAUCCAGUUGGCUUCGAAAACGGUAUGGACUAUGAUCGCAGGAAGAUUCGUGUUGGGUCUUGGCGUUGGUAUUGCCUCUUUGAUCGCUCCCUUAAUGUUGAGUGAAUUGGCUCCGGCCAAGUACAGAGGUAGAUUAAUUGUCACUAACGUCAUGUUCAUCACAGGUGGUCAACUUGUAGCAUACUUCAUCAACUGGGGCCUCACACGGGUCAGCCAUGGCUGGAGAAUUUCUGUUGGCUUGUGCAUGGUGCCUCCUGUAGUUCAGUUCGUAUUGUUUUGGUUCUUGCCUGAUACUCCUAGAUACUAUGUUAUCAAAGGUGACAUAGAAACAGCUAAAGAAGUCGUCAGAAGAACCCAUAAUCAUCCCUCAGAAGAAUUUGUCAACGCUACUAUUGAAGAAAUGAUCGCUUCAAACUCAACCGUGUCUGGUUCUAGCCAGUUGAGACGUGUAUGGAACUCCAUCAAAUUGAUCCAUACCAACCCUGCUAAUUUCAGAGCCUUGAUCUUAGCCACUGGCUUGCAGGGUAUUCAGCAGUUCACUGGUUUCAACUCAUUGAUGUACUUCUCUGCUACCAUUUUCGAAACCAUCGGCUUCAAGAAUGCAACUGCUGUGUCUAUCAUCGUUGCUGCCACCAACUUCGUUUUCACCGCUAUUGCCUUGUGUAUUGUCGAUAAGGUAGGUAGAAGAAGAAUCUUGCUUUGGGCGAUUCCCUGUAUGGCUGGCUCCUUGGUAAUCUGUGCUAUUGCUUUCCACUUCUUGGGUGUAGUUUUCACUUCGGGCUCCAACGUCGAAGUCCGUAGUUCAGGAAUUUCCGGUUGGGGUAUUGUAGUCAUUAUUGGCAUGGUCUUGUAUGUCGCUUCCUACGCCAUUGGUAUUGGAAACAGUGCCUGGAUCGGUGUGGAAUUGUUCUCUGAUGUGAACGUCAGAUCUGUCGGAGCCAUGUAUGCUGCUGCUACUAACUGGGCUGGGUCAUUGGUCAUUGCCUCUACUUUCUUGACUAUGUUGGAAAACAUUACCCCAACUGGUACCUUCUCAUUCUUUGCUGGCUUGUGUGCUGUUUCGUUCUUGUUUGUCUAUUUAUUGUUGCCCGAAGUUGCCGGAUUGGAAUUGGAAGAGACAACUGCCUUCUUAGCCGACGGAUUCAAUGUCAAACAAGCUUCCAAGUUGUCCAAAGAAAGAAAGAAGCACUCAAAAUUCAUCAACCAGCAUUCUGCUUAAGAAAGCGGACCCAUCAAAAACAAAAGGUUGCAUCCACUUUUCAAUUCUUGUAUGAUUGAAUCUCAAGGAGAAUUCGGUUUCGGUUUUGCUUGUAUGUAUCCAAUCUUUAAUAUUUAUAUGCCUUUAUUUACAUUUAAUCGUU